AUGCGCGGGAGCAGCUCUGAGCUCCUGCUGGAGGCGAGCUGCGUCCAGUGUCAGAGCGAUCACCAGGCCGAUCAGCGCAGACAUCAGCAACAGCAGCAUCAGCUGAACGAGAAACACGACUUCCAGGAGCGAGAGCUACGUCGUCGCAAACUGUUGGAGCUCGGGUUCGGCGCUUCGCGGCGCCGNCCGCCACGGCGUACCUGCCGUCAGCGGUUCAACUUUUACGCCACCUCGGCGUUGGCCUUCGUCGCGACGUCCGGCGGCGCGGCGCUACUUUUCUUGGUGCCGUUGUACGUCGAUCAGGCGAUUAGCACCCUGGCAGCUGACUUCUCGCCGGACCCUGUCAUUUGCACCACCUCCAGGCGAGAGGAAGUCGCCGGAUUGUUCAAUUGUACUUGGACCUCCUGUCGCGAAGGAUGCACCAGUGACGUUUACAGAUGCACGCAUAUAUACGUCACAUACACACCAUGGAGUAACGCUAGCAUGAACGAUACUGGGGGCAGGGGGAACUCCACCGGUGUUCAACAAACCUCGACCACUACUGUGCCGACGCCAGGCGACGUGGAGGCGGUGCUCCUGGUGAACAUCAAAGGGUGCGGCUAUCCUCCGAUCGUCGAUUGCGAGAACUUCACCCGCGAACUGGGCUACAAGGGCGCGAAAUUCCCCUGCCAUUACAGCCGAGUGAAUCGCAGCAUAGUGAUGCCGAACUAUAAUCGCGAGGCGCAGGUCACCACCAUCAUACACUUCUUCGCGGCGCCUUUCGUAGUGACUCUCGCGACCAGCGUUGCUCUGUGUGUGAUGCAUUGUGACUGCAGAUGCAGUCCACCGCCACGACAUUCGUCGCGAGGGAUGAGAAGAGGCAGGGGCAACGAUCUCAGCGAUCACUCGAUAAGCAAUCGCGUGGAUCGACGGGGUCAUCCGCCAUACUGCGAGUGCGGCGAAGUAACCAGGCCCUUAUGA